UUGCCCUGCUGCCACUCAACUUCCAGCUGCUGGAACGUGCCCUGCGCUUUGGCUUUUGUGGUCUGCAGCCCUGGCAGAGUCUGUCUGAGGGCCCAUCCUUCCUUGAGCAGCUGGCAAUGCAGAUGCCCCCAACUCCCCUUUGAAGCUUCCCCUGAUGCUUGCAAGUCCCAAAGUGUCCUGUAGGUACCUUUAACGGCCUAAAUCACUCUACUGUUGUCAUUGUUGAACUUGCCAGUGUGUUUGUCUGGACUACACACCCGUCGAGGCCAGGCCCACGUCUCAGUCAUAUCUACAUCCAGAAUAGACAGGUCGAUUUACCUGGCACUGAGGGACAAGCUGGGCCCAGUGAGGUUAACCGGUCAUCUUCGCAAGGUCAGGUAUACCGACCCCACUAAUCAGCUUGAGCCUCCUAAUCCAGCACCAGCAGGAACCUUAGGACACAGCAGUGGCUUGGGGAGCUGGCAGGGCCAUCUUGGCCGUCCUCCGCAGACUCCGCCUGGGAGGGGAUGGGGCAGAUGAGCCAUGUGUACCACCCUCUUCCUGCUCAGCACCUUGGCUAUGCUCUGUCGCCGACGAUUCGCCAACCGGGUCCAUCCAGAGCCCAGUGGAGUAGAUGGGGCAGUUUUGGGCAGCACCUUGGAGACAGACUCCGAGCCCCCAGGCAGGUAA